CGCAACGCAUUGUGGGAACGCACGUGCGGUCAACAUGGCGGCGCCCUUUAGGAGCGUAUAUCGGCCGCUAUUUAGAAUAAUAACAGGAUCUGGGAGAUUAACGUUAGGGUUGCGUAAUAUUUCUUCUGGUAAGAAUCUGUGGUGCGCGAAAAAUCUCAAAACUGCGAGUGUUGCGUCUCCAUGGUCGCUACACGGCGCAGUUUGUCUGCAAAGGCUGCCUGUCAUCUCUCAAGACAGAAGCCCCAUAGAGGAAGAAUUCAUGGAGCUAUUGCAGCAGAUGGAGUUAGAGAGAAGUUUACUUUCAGACCACGAGUUGAGGCUCUUGGAAGACGCAGCACGUAUGAGUCGGAAACAGGAGGAGGACUACGAUUCGGAUGAAGAGAAGGAUUAUGAAGAUGAAGAAAUUGUUACAGCACAGGAUCAGGAAGAUACAUGGGAACAGAAAUUCAAGCAGUUUCAUCCUGCACAGAGGUCCAAAGGUGACAAGCUCGAUGUGAGUUCUUCAGAGCGUUGUUUAGCAGACAGCCUGAUUUUGCUGGUCAAACAAGAUAUUGGAAGUCAAAAGGUUUGGCUUUUGCCUCAGAUACAGUGGCAGGCUGGAGAGACUCUUCGACAGACAGCUGAACGUGCCCUUGGAAAUCUGCCAGGUGCAGAUCUGAAAGCUACUUUCCUUGGCAAUGCACCUUGCGGAUUUUACAAAUACAGAUACCCAAAAGACAUUCGAAAAGAGGGCAGCGUUGGAGCCAAAGUGUUUUUCUUCAAGGCCAUGACGUGUAACCCCAAGCACUUACCUUUAGAGAAGAAUUCAUUUGCCUGGGUUAAAAAAGAUGAACUUCAGGAAUUCCUCAAGCCAGAAUACCUGAAACAAGUCAAUCGCUUCAUCAUGAGCUUGUAAUAUAAGAAGAAUAUGCAGGAUGUGGACCGAUUGUAUGUUAUUAACACCUUUUCAUUACUAGCUUAUACACAUGUACAUUGUCACCGUGGCUUUUCACUGUGUAUUCACUGAUUAAUCUUGCUGUAAUGUUAUGAAUGAGAACUUUGUACCCUGACUGCUUAUGUAACAUUAAAUUGCCCGUUUUUCCACUUGUAAAAGCUAAUGUAAUUUUUAUAUUCCUCU